AUGAGACGACUUAAAGUUGGGAUUCGUACUCAACUUAUUAUACUAGUUGGAUUUGCUUCAUUAUUUUCAUUAUUAAUUUUAGCUAUCGUAACUGGAGUUUAUUUCAGUAAAAAUUUAACAGAUUUAAGGUCCGAAAGAUUAUCAAUUAUUUCACAAUUAAGGUCUACUCAAGUUACUCAAUCUAUGACAUUUUUAGGGUUAUCUAUUGCUAGUAUUGCUUCAGUCAAGGAAAUUGCUUCACCUUUACAAUUAUAUAAAAAUGGUAAUCAUUCGGUUACUGUUAGUCAAGAUGUUAAAGAGGCUCUAGAUUCAUAUAUUAGUUCAUUAGAUUAUUCAAUGGCUAGAUUAUACACUUCCGAUUUUAAUUUAAUAGCUGAAAGUUUUAACAAUCAAUCAUAUGUGUCUCAACUUGCGCAAAAUCAACUAUUUCCAAUUACUGCAAAUACAACAAAUCAAUCUAGUUUACCCGAUUAUAUCAUAACUCCAGUACAAGAUCUGAUUUACUUUACAGGUCCUGUACCAAAUACAACUAUUACCUAUAAUACAACCUAUUUUUUAGGUUCAACAAUGGCAAUUUUUUCAAAUGCAAGUGAAUUUAAUGAGCGUUUAUCUGAACCAAUAGGUUAUGUUUCAUUAAUUGCAAAUGCUGAAAGUUUAAAACGUGUUUUUGAUACUUCUGAUACUGAUGAUUAUUCAUUAGUUGCAUUAAAUCCAAUGUUUGGUCCAACAAAUGAUCCCGAAUUAUACCCAUAUAAUAAAACAAAUGAAAUAAUUGGUUAUAUGAAUAUUUUUCCAGUUAAAUAUUCUGGUUUAAAACCAAAUUCUUAUUAUACUUUGGAUUUUUCACCUGCAUUAACAACUAUUUUAAUAUCAAAUGAUACUCAAGGUACAAGAUUAAAUAAAAAGUCAAAUGCUGGACCAAAAGUAGCAAUGGGUUUUAAUGAAAUUAAGUAUCAAAAUUGGUUAUGGUAUGUCAUUGUAAUACAAAAACAAUCGACUUUUAGUGGUCCUAUAACUAAAUUGAAAAAAAUUGUUAUUGGUGUUGUUAUUGGACUAGGUGCAUUUAUGUGUUUUAUUACAUUUCCAUUAGCCGUUUGGUUUAUUAAACCAAUUACAAAAUUAAAAGAAGCAACUGAAGCAAUUACAAGUUGUAGAAAGAAGGACAAGAAUGUUCAUAAUUCUGAAGAAGAAGAUGAAACAUUAACUGAACUGAAAAUAAAACGUAAUAAUUCACUUUCAUCACGAGAUUCCACAAGUUCAUAUUCUUCAGGUAUAAGAUUACCUGCCAGAAUACCAAGAUCAAAACCAUUUUUCAAAGAUGAAUUAACUGAAUUAUCAGAAGCUUUUAAUAUUAUGACUGAAGAAUUGGAAAAACAAUAUUCACAUUUAGAAGAUAGAGUUAAAUCAAGAACAAAAGAAUUAGAAGCAUCUAAAAUUGAAGCAGAAUCUGCAAAUGAAGCAAAGACAAUUUUUAUUGCUAAUAUAUCACACGAAUUAAGAACUCCAUUGAAUGGUAUACUAGGUAUGACUUCAAUUGCAAUGGAUGAAGAAGAUGAAUCAAAAAUGAAAGAUUCACUUAAGUUAAUUUAUAGAUCUGGUGAAUUAUUAUUACAUAUUUUAACUGAAUUAUUAACUUAUUCCAAAAAUACAUUAAAUAGAUCAAAAUUAGAAAAGACAGAUUUUCAAGUCUUGGAAAUUGCUUAUCAAAUUCAUUCCAUUUUUAACAAAUUAGCAUUAGAUCAAAAAGUAAACUUUCAAAUUAGACUAAAACCAAGUAUACUACGAAAAUUGAUAUUGUAUGGUGAUUCAAAUAGAAUUAUACAAAUUAUUAUGAACUUAGUUUCAAAUUCUCUAAAAUUCACACCAGUUGACGGUUCAGUUCAUGUGAAUUUCAAAUUAUUGGGAGAAUAUGAUGUAUCAAAAUCACAAAAAGUUAAUUAUGAAAAGGUUUAUGUUUUAGACAAUACCAAAGUCAAUCAUGAAAAAGGACCCGGACCCUUGCCCUCAUUGCCUUAUGAAUCAGAAAAAGCUUUGCAGAUCAAUGAUUCCUCCAGCAUAUUAACUUUCACAACACAACAAUAUGAAAAUAAAAUCUUUCAAGAACAAUUUGAAGAUAAACCAUUACCAGAUUCACCAAGAAGUUCAACUGCAUCAAUACCGACAGUCAAUAAUGAAAAACCUAUACAAUUAAAAGCAAUUACUCCAUCACCAUCAAAGCGUACAACAUAUCCAAUAUUUGAUAAAAAACCAGAAUUAAAUGGGAAUCAUCAUGAAAUACUACGAAAUAAUAAAAAAUUUAAAAUUAGACACAAUUACAAACCAAAAACUUGGGUUUUACGUGUUGAAGUUAUUGAUACUGGACCGGGUAUUGAACCCGCAUUACAAGAAAAAGUCUUUGAACCAUUUGUUCAAGGUGAUCAAACAUUAUCAAGAAAUUAUGGUGGUACAGGUUUAGGUUUAUCAAUUUGUAAGCAAUUGGCUAAAAUGAUGAAUGGUACAUUAACAUUAAAAUCUGAAAUUGGAAAAGGUUCAACAUUUAUUUUAACAUUACCAUUACCACAAACUGGUGAAAUUGUUGUACCAUCAUCUGAUAUGAAUGAUUUGUCUAAUGAUAUUUUUAAUGAUAAACCGGCAACACCAGAAACUGAAUCACUUCCAACACCAGUUACAACCGUACCUGUUAAAAAACCUUCAUUAAUAUUUGCAAAUUCGACAGGUACUGCUAAUUUAACACCACAAAAUAAUGAAGACACAUUACUUGAAUCAAGUUUAAAACUUCUUAAAAUUUUAGUAGCUGAAGAUAAUUUAGUUAAUCAAGAAGUUAUUAAAAGAAUGUUAAAAUUGGAAGGAUUUGAAAAUAUAGUAAUGGCAUGUAAUGGUGCAGAAGCAAUUGAAUUUAUAAAAGAAAGUAUGGAAAACAAUGAGCCAUUUGACUUAGUAUUUAUGGAUAUUCAAAUGCCAAAAAUUGAUGGAUUAUUAGCUACGAAAAUGAUUAGAAAUAAUUUAAAAUAUACUAAACCAAUAAUUGCCUUGACUGCAUUUGCAGAUGAAAGUAAUGUAAAAGAAUGUUAUAAUUCAAAUAUGAGUGGAUUUUUAGCAAAACCAAUUAGAAGAUCAAAUUUAAAGAAGGUUAUUGCUCAAUUUUGUCCAAUUUUAUUAAAAGAAAUUGUGAUUACACCAAUUCAAGAAGAUGAUUCGAAACAAUUUGGAUAUUUCCCAUCAAUGGAUGAUAAAAAAUAG